AUGGUCAAGUCCGCGGUUGUCUUUGCGGCGUUCUCUACGCUUGCAUCUGCUGGACCGGUAUAUCGACUGGUGGGCGAGUUGGAUCAAGGCGCCUUUGAGCAGGCUCAGCAACGAGACGAUACCGCUGUCCGAACCCUUUCCAACACGAACAUUCAGACAUCGGAUGGCAGAUGUCUCUUCGUUGACGAGCUUUCGGGCGACUCAUCGGCAAACCUGACCCCAAUCCAGGUCGCAGCUUGCGGAGCAACGGCGGGUCAAGGAUGGGACGUGAUCACGCAGGGUAAACACAACGACGUAGCGGGGUCUAUCUUGAUUGCGAGUACAUUGACUCAAGCUUGCUUGACCUUCGACCCUACGCAGGCAACUGGUAGCCAGGUGAUGUUGUUCUCUUGUGGUGGCGUUGCAGACGGAAGCGGCUCGGUUUCCCAGUCGCAGCUAUUCGCUUCCGAUGGGAGCGCUAGCUCCCUCUCACUUACCCCGGCCAACCAGGCUGGCUCUUGCUUCACGGUGAAAGGAAAUGUGGUCGAGAUCGCAGAUUGCCAGACUGGAAAUGCUGCUCAGACUUUCACCUUUGACGGCGUUGCUUCUGAGAGUGAUGGCAAGAAUGACAGUCCCGCCGCUUCCACUACCGCCGCGUCUCCCGCUUCCAAGACGCAAGCAACGGGCUCCGCAGCUGCAACCAAUCCUGCUGCUACCAAGCAACUGAUUACCGUCACCUGUGAGCCGAUAACAGUCACGGAACGUAUCACAGAAACCGUUACAGCAUCAGGAUCAGCCAAGGAAAAUGCCCCAGUCUCGACGUCGUCCACCACAACUGUUUUCGUGACUGUGGCUCCGUCUUCGGCUCCCAAAGUUCCUUCAACCUCGUCAACUACAACGGUUUAUGUGACGGUCACACCCUCAUCAGCAGCGGAUCCCGCCACAAGCGCCGCAGCUACUACCGCAGUUCCCUCAUCCAAAGCUGGGGGAAACACUGCAACAAUACCCCAAAUCUCCAUCAGUCCGAGCACGACUGUGGUGCUAUGA